AUGAGGAGAUAUUUGAAGAGAAAAUCACCUCCUCCCCAAAUAAGAGAUGAUUCUUCAUCCGGUAAUACACUCCAAGAGGUUAACUUGGGAGAUCUUCCUGCAGAUCCUGGACAAAGACCUAAUAUUUUGCAUUAUAACAAUAACGUUCGAGAUCAAGUUCGGAGAGCAUAUUUGCAAAAGGGCCCUUGCCAACCUCAUAACCACGACUUCCCUCCUACAAUCUUUGGCAACCAAAAUAGACGGUUUAAUAAAGUUUGGUUUAGCGGACAUAGUAACUGGUUGGAGUAUAGUGUAUCAAAAGAUGCCGCAUAUUGUUUAUGUUGUUAUCUUUUCAAACCAGAUAUUGGAGGUCAAUCAGGUGGUGAUCAUUUUGUUACUGAAGGGUUUAAAAAUUGGAAGAGAAAUGAUAAAUUAUCUAUUCAUGUAGGCGGGCCCAAUAGUGCACAUAAUAUAGCUUGGGGAAAAUGUCAAGAUUUGAUGAAUCAAAAGCAACAUAUUGAGACGGUUGUUUGCAAACAGUCAAAUCAAGAAAAAGCUAGAUAUAAAAUCCGCUUAAAUACGUCAAUUGAGGUGGCCCGAUAUCUCUCAACACAAGGAUUGGCAUUUCGGGGUCACGAUGAAAGUGUAAGUUCGAAUAAUCCAGGAAAUUUUAUUCAACUUGUAAAAACUUUUGGGCGAAUUAAUCCCGAUAUCAAGGCACUUACUUUGAAUAAUGCUCCGCUAAACCAAAAGAUGACAAGUCCGGAUAUUCAAAAGGAGAUUGUAAAUGCUUUUGCAAUGGAAAUUAUGAAAGUAAUUAUAUGUGAUCUUGGUGAUUCGCCGUUUUGUCUGAUGGUCGAUGAAGCACGUGAUAUAUCAAUGAAGGAGCAAAUGGCUUUAGUGAUAAGAUAUGUCGAUAAAUGUGGUAGUGUGAUUGAGCGUUUUCUAGGAGUUGAAGAUGUUACCGAUACUAGUGCUUUGACUCUUAAAGCAACUAUUGAUAAUGUUUUUUCUAGAUAUGGAUUGAGUAUCUCGAAAUUAAGAGGUCAAGGUUAUGAUGGAGCUAGUAACAUGAGAGGUCAAUUUAAUGGCCUAAAAACACUUAUCUUGAAUGAGAACCCUUCGGCAUAUUAUAUUCAUUGUUUUGCUCAUCAGUUACAACUCGCUUUAGUAGCAGUUGCAAGAAAACACGAUCAUAUUUCUUCACUUUUUGAUUUUACUACAAGAGUGUUAAAUGUUGUUGGAUCAUCGUGUAAACGUCGUGAUUUGCUUAGAGAGAAGCAAUCUGAAAAAAUACUUGAAGCACUCGAUAUGGGAGAAAUUUCAACUGGGCGAGGUUUAAAUCAAGAAACUAAUCUUAAGCGAGCAGGUGAUACACGUUGGAGCUCUCACUACAACACUUUAUUGAGUUUGAUCAAUAUGUUUGGUGCGGUGAUUGAUGUACUUGAACUUAUUGGUCGUGAUGCUUCAAGUACAAGUCAUCGUACCGAAGCACAGGAUAUUGUAGAUAGACUUUUGUCAUUUGAUUUUUUGUUGAGCCUCUUUUUGAUGAAAAAAGUACUAGCGAUAACAAAUGAGCUAUCUCAAGCACUCCAAAGAAAAGAUCAAGACAUUGUGAAUGCAAUGACAUUAGUUCAAGUGUCAAAGAUUCAAAUUCAAUCCUUGAGAGAAAGUGGGUGGAGUUCUUUACUUGAUGGUGUUACAUUUUUUUGUGAGAAACACGGAGUUGAUAUUCCUCAAAUGGAUGCUAAAUAUGUUGCUCGAGGGCGAAGAAGACGGAAUGAAGAAGAAAUGACAAACCUACAUCAUUAUAAGAUUGAGACAUUUUACACUGUCUUGGAUAUGCAACUUGGAGAAUUAAAUGCUCGAUUUUCUGAUUCGACCAUGGAACUGCUUAUGUGUGUUUCUUGCCUUGAUCCAUCGAACUCAUUCUCCCAUUAUAACAAGGAAAAACUACUUCGUCUUGUUGAUUUUUAUCCAGAAGACUUUACCGAGUUUGACAAAUGUAAGCUCAGUGAUCAAUUGGAUAAUUAUAUUGUUGAUAUGCGCCUAAGCAAGGAUUUUUUUGGAUUGAAUGGUAUAAGUGAUCUUGCUCGCAUAAUGGUAGACACUAAGAGAAAUAAAGUGUAUCCUUUGGUUUACUUGCUUUUGACAUUGGCAUUAACAUUGCCAGUUGCUACCGCUACUGUUGAGAGGGCAUUUUCAGCUAUGAAUAUCAUAAAGAAUGGAUUGCGCAAUCGGAUGAAUGAUGAAUGGUUAAGUGACUCUUUGCUUGUCUUUAUUGAGAGAGAAGUCUCCACAGAAAUUGAUAAUGAAACAAUCAUGGAGAGUUUUCAGAAAAUGAAAACACGAAAGGGUCAUUUGUAA